AUGCUCCCGGACUCGGUCAUCGCAGCUCUCGCGGCACAACACCCCCUGGGUGCUUUGUCAAAAGGUCGACCUGGUGGCGAGGUAGUCAAUUCUGCCACUUCUCUUCGACGAGAGCCCUUUUCCGCGUGGAGUGCGAUUGAUGACGUGAAAAAGACCGCCGACUCGAUCGCCCACGAAGCUGCGCGGGAGUAUACGGUGGCCAGCCAGAAGGCACAGGAGAAAGCGGGCCACAUUGAAUUAUGGACUCCCAAGUACUACGCUGCCUGUACUGUGGGAGGGCUUUUGGCCUGUGGUCUCACUCACACCGCGGUGACUCCUCUGGAUCUGAUCAAAUGCCGUCGUCAAGUCGACUCCAAGCUUUACAAGAGCAACAUGCAGGCUUUCACAAAAAUUCGUGCCGCUGAAGGCCUUCGCGGUGUCUUUACCGGUUGGAGUCCAACUUUCUUUGGCUACAGUGCCCAAGGUGCUUUCAAAUAUGGAGGCUAUGAGUACUUCAAGAAGUUCUACAGUGAUCUCGUUGGCCAGGAGCGUGCAGCCAAGUGGAAGACCUCUGUUUACUUGGCAGCCAGUGCCUCUGCGGAGCUGAUUGCCGACGUCGCCCUGUGUCCGUUUGAGUCGGUCAAGGUGCGUAUGCAAACCACCAUUCCUCCCGACAUUCGAGGCACUUUUAGUGGCAUGUCCGCCGUUGUGGGUAAAGAAGGUGUAUCUGGUCUCUACAAGGGUUUGUAUCCCCUCUGGGGUCGCCAGAUUCCCUACACGAUGAUGAAGUUUGCAUCCUUUGAGACCAUUGUCGAAAUGAUCUACAAGAGCCUGCCCGGUCAAAAGUCCGACUAUAACAAGGGAGCUCAGACCGUCGUGGCCUUUACCGGAGGUUACCUGGCUGGUAUUCUUUGCGCCGUCGUCUCGCACCCUGCAGAUGUGAUGGUGAGCAAAUUGAACGCGAACCGCCAAUCUGGAGAAGCCUUUGGAGCGGCCAUGAGCCGUAUCUAUGGUGACAUUGGAUUCCGCGGUCUCUGGAACGGACUUCCAGUUCGGAUUGUGAUGAUUGGUACCUUGACCGGUCUUCAAUGGAUGAUCUACGACUCAUUCAAGAUCUUCAUGGGUCUCCCCACCACUGGUGGAGGUUCCAGCGAACAGAAGAAGUAG